UGGAAUACGAUCUAGAGAACACAGCCAAUUAACACUCUGAUCACCGAAUAAAGCACAGCAGAAUAAUAAUAGCCCGGCGAGCUGCUCACGGCGAUGACAUCGGCUCGCACGGGCCAACCCACCCACCGAAUUAUCCAGCCGUCGCCCAGCCGUCCGUCACUCUCGCUCUCUUUCCGUCACCGUCUCCCAAUAUCCCCGUCCAGCAACCUCCUCCUCCCCCUCCUCUUCUUCCUCCUCAACUCAUCUUCGCUAGAGCAUCAUCGCCCGGCGCGUGCCUGUCUGUAUAUUCAAUUCAUCCCGACACUCAUUUCUCCUUGUCCAGCCUCUCCUUUAACACCAACCCAAUACCUAAUUCCUCAUCGUCGAUAAUCCCACCCUUGAACGUCUCCUGCGCCUCACCCCGCCCAGCAACUCGGUGAAAUCAACACAAAUGGGUAUCUGCUCCUCGUGCCUCGGGCGCGGUCGUCGCGAUAAUCACGAUCCCACACAGUCCGAAUCCUCCCGCCUCCUCGAAGACGACAUCUACCAGCCAGGCUACGGCUACGGCGCCCUAAAUCAAACCGCGCAAGGCAGUCUCCCCGACCCAGGAUACCUGAAGCGCGAGCGUGAAGCUCUCGAAGCGAUCUGCCAACGAACUUCCGACUCCGUCAUCGACAUCUGGUCCCUCCAACCCCAACCGCACCUCCAACCCCACGCCACCCUCCCCAGCGCCGUCCCCCCCUCCGCCUCCGAUUCCGAUGUCCCCGUACAAGUCACCACGACCGCGUCCACGCCCCCGCCCCGCCACCAGCACCGGAACCAGCACUCCCCCGCCGCGAAAGCAGGCGGCACGGUCCCCAAGCACUGGGGCGAGGUGGUCAUCAACACGCGCAAGAAUCGCUCGCGGCCUGGUUCCAGUGAAGAGCAGAAUGUCGCUGCCAAGCGGGAUGUUUUUGGCGUGUUGAAGGUUACGUGAUGGGAUGAUAGAUCUUUCUUGCGAUGAUCAUCUGGGGUGGCAGCGGUGGUGGUGGUGGUGGUGGUGAUGGUGAGAUUUGGCUGUGAUUUAUGUGGUGUGUUGGAUGAUGAUGGUUGGAUGAAGAACAACAUAACAGACGGGUAGACGGAUGGGCGGGCGCACGUUGAUAUUAUUGCCCAGUUCUCCGUACCCCCUACCUACCUUGCUUCUUCGCCUGUGCAGUUGCUUUUGCGUUUCGCCCUUUUUAAUACCCUUUCCUCUUCUUCUUUUCUUCCUUUCUUCUUCUCGCGCAUUCGAUGGGUCGCCGGCGACGAUUUUUACCUUUUUCAUCGGAUGCUUGGUUCUUUUCUUUUUUUUGAGAGAGAGACAGAGAGAUAAUAUUGUCCUUUCCCUUCUUUUUUUUUUUUUACAAAUACC